GGACAAGGUGUUCUGCUUCAUCCAUCUGAGUGUUCAGGAGUUUCUGGCUGCUCUUCAUGUCCAUCUAACUUUCAUCAACUCUGGACUCAAUCUGCUGGAAGAACAACGAACACUCUCCCAGUUCAAUCGAAGAAAUUCUUAUGACAGACUGAUUUUCUUCCAGAGUGCUGUGGACAAAGCUUUGCAGAGUCCAAAUGGACACCUGGAUUUGUUCCUCCGCUUCCUCCUGGGUCUUUCAGUGGAGGCCAAUCAGACUCUCCUACGAGGUCUGCUGCCACAGACAGAAAGUAGCUCACAGACCAAUAAGGAAACAGUCCAGUACAUCAAGAAGAAGCUCAGUGAGAAUCUGUCUGCAGAGAAAAGCAUCAAUUUGCUCCACUGUCUGAAUGAGCUCAAAGAUCGUUCUGUAGUGAAGAAGAUCCAACUAUCACUGAGAUCAGGAAGCCUCUCCACAGAUAAACUGUCUCCUGCUCAAUGGUCAGCUCUGGUCUUCAUUUUACUAACAUCAGAAGUAGAUAUGGAUGUGUUUGACCUGAAGAAAUAUUUUCCUUCAGAGGAGGGUCUUCUGUCACUACUGCCAGUGGUCAAAGCCUCCAACAACGCUCUAUUAAGUGGCUGUCACCUCUCAGAGAGAAGUUGUAAAGCUCUGUCCUCAGUUCUCCUCUCCCAGUCAUCUAGUCUGAGGAAGCUGGACCUGAGUAACAAUGACCUGAAGGAUUCAGGAGUAAAGCUUCUUCUUGCUGGAGUGGCAAGUCCACACUCCAAACUGGAAACUCUGAGUCUCUCAGGCUGUCUGAUCACAAAUGAAGGCUGUGCUUCUUUGGCUUCAUCACUGAUCUCUAACCCCGCGCAUCUGAAAGAGCUGGACCUGAGCUACAAUAACAUAGGAGACUCAGUAGAAAAGCUAAGGGACCUACUGAAACUUGAAACUCUAAGGGUGGAGCCUGCUGGAGUCCGAUGGUUGAGACCAGGUCUGAGGAAGUAUUCCUGUCAACUCACAAUUGACACAAACACAGUACACACAAACCUCAAACUGUCUGAGAACUACAGGAAGGUGACACGUGUGAAGGAGGUUCAGUCAUAUCCUGAUCAUCCAGACAGAUUUGAUUAUCAUCCUCAGCUGCUGUGUAGAAAUGGUCUUACUGGUCGCUGUUACUGGGAGGUCGAGUGGAGAGGAGAUGUUUUUAUAUCAUUGAGUUACAGAAGAAUCCAAAGAAAAGGAGGCAGUGAUAACUGUGUGUUUGGUUGGAAUGAUCAGUCUUGGAGUCUGUACUGCACUGACAAUGGUCCUUGUUCUGUCUGGCACAGUAACAGACUAACAUCCAUCUCCUCCUCCUCCUCUGUCUCUAACAAAGUAGCAGUGUAUGUGGACUGUGCUGCUGGCACUCUGUCCUUCUACAGAGUCUCCUCUGACACUCUGAUCCACCUCCACACCUUCAACACCACAUUCACUGAAACUCUUUAUCCUGGAUUCAUAGCCUGGCCUGGUUCCUCACUGUUUCUGUGCUCAGUUGAGUGUAAACAGUGUCCUCCUGUUAGAGAAAAACUCUGACUGUUGAACAGAUAGUUCAGUCUAUACAGCCUUAGGCCUAAUUAGUGGACUUGGCUGUAAAAUUGUGUGAACACCAAUUGCCUUAACCCAUUUCGGUUUUCAUGCAGGCUGAAACUAAAAUUUUCUAAAUAUAACAAAUAAAACAACAACAAAACUUCCCUUCAGCAGACUGACACUAUGUCCUGGGUGAACAAGGUCUGCUGGGAUGGAUUAGGGGAGUUAAAGUUGCAUAAAGUGUGAAAAUGCUGACAAUCUGGUUGUAUAUUCAUUCUUUACAUUCUGUCUUUACUCUGAUGUAGGUAAUGAAUGCUUUGAGUAAAAUCAUGUUUAUUUUGAGCAUUUUAGGUCGACAGUUAUCUGCCUUGUAUAUACCUUUUUUAUGUGAGUUCUUAGCAGCUUGAAUCUCUGCAUUGGAGAUGGUGAUAGCAAAGUUAUUAUAACUGUCAGACACAAUAACCAAUUUUAUGGGAAAUACAGCAGGUUAAGAAGUACCAGAUUACCAUUUUAAAUUAGUUAGUUCUCAUCUCAGCUAUGGACGUUAUGUGACUGUGGCUGUAUGCACUGGAAGACCCCAGGGUUGAGAUGCUUCUGCAGGUAAGAUCUAGGGUUUGGUCCAUCCCACGAUAUGACAGAGGUUUGUCUACCUUGGAAAUCUGACAAUAUCAUUUCUACUUCUCUACAGCAGUUAUUUCUAAACUAUCUUCAGACUUGUGCUGUUGAAGGGAUGGAGACCUUAUCAGUGCAUCUUGGCUUUACUAUGAAUACAGAUGGAGAAAAGCAGAUUAAAUUAAUUUAACACACUGUGUUCCGCUCUUAAUUUUAUUGCAAUAUAGGCGCUCUAUGUAGUGGACUAAUUUUAUUUUGAAAUGUGUUUUAUUUUUUAACCUUUCCUUGCUCCAGUCUGCUGUCCCAAAAAGUUUUAAGAGGACCACCAUCAUCCCUGUUCCAAAGAAAACUAAUGUGAGCUACCUAAAUGACUAUCACCGUGUAGCACUCACCUCCAUUGCCAUUUUAAAUAUCAACACUUUACCGAGUUCUUUUGAUUCCUCAGAGGCAUCCGAUGGAAGACAAAACACUGCUCAGUAGACCAUUUAACACUUUAUUACUUCUAGAAGGGAGAUGUGUCCUGCAUGACACGCUGCCUAACAGUAUUAUUACAGAAGCUCUCUCAUUCUAGUCUAAACAACAGUGUUUCAGUAACUUUCCACUAGAGUUGGCCCCCUCUUAUCUACAUUUUCCCAGGCAAGUUUGAGCGAGAGUCUGCAGCUUUCUACUCUCCAAGGACACAUGGUCUCAUGCCUUUAUUUUUCAGGGCUGUGUCCAUUUCAUACUACACUAUAUAACUUUAUAACACUUAUUAAUAAAAAGCAUAGCAUUAUUGAGGCACUGCAAAUUAUUUAAUCCCAACACCAUGAAGUGCUUUGAGCACAUAGUUCAAUUCAAUUCAAUUCAAUUCAAUUUUAUUUAUAUAGCGCCAAAUCACAACAAAAGUCGCCUCAAGGCAGGGAGUAAGCUCACAUCACAUCCUUACUCCCUGCUUCACUUGAUCUACUUCAGUUUGCCUACAGGCCCAACAGAUCUACAGAUGAUGCAAUAGCAGUUGAACUUCACACUGCCCUCUCUCACCUGGACCAGAAAAACACAUAUGUGCAGAUGCUGUUCAUAGACUAUAGCUCUGCCUUCAACUCUAUCAUACCAUCCAGACUCGUCAUGAAACUCUGUGACCUGAACAUCAGCUCCUCCCUGUGCAGCUGGAUCCUGGACUUCCUGACAGACAGACCUCAGGUGGUUCGGAUCGGCAGCAACACCUCAUCCACACUCACACUCAGCACAGAUGCCCCCCAGGGAUGUGUGCUCAGCCCCCUACUGUACACCCUGUUCACCCACGACUGUACAGGAACACACAGCUACAACACCAUCAUCAAAUUUGCAGACGACACCACUAUCAUCGGCUGCAUUUCUGGUGGAGAUUAGACAACAUACAGGGCAGAGGUGAGAGCCCUGACAUCAUGGUAACGUGACAGCAACCUACUGCUUAACGUCAGCGAAACCAAGGAGUUCAUCGGGGAUUACAGGAGACUGCAGAGAGGAGGCCACACCCCCAUCCACAUCGUAGGAGCAGAGGUGGAGAGGGUCAGCUGCUUCAGAUUUCUGGGCAUCAACAUCAGCGAGGAUCUGAGCUGGUCACACCAUGUUGGUGUGGCCAGCCAUUAAAAGUAUUGUGACUGACUGCAUGACCACCUGGUAUGGCAGCUGUAAUGCUCUGGACCACAAAGCUCUGCAGAGGGUGGUGAGAUCAGCACAGCGCAUCACCAGGACUGAACUGCCAGCCAUGCAGGAUCUCUACAGACAACGCUGCAUGAGGAAGAUGCAGCGGAUCCUCUCUGAUCCCAGCCACCCCAGCCACAGAUUUUUCACACUCCUGCCGUCUGACAGGUGGUUCUGGAGCAUUCAGACCCGCGCUAGCAGACACAGAGACAGUUUCUACCCACAAGCCAUCAGGCUUUUGAACUGCUGAUGUUCCAUACACACCACUACACACUCACUACAAUUACAGGACUCUGCACACCGUCACUUCAACAAAUGCUACUUGAAUGCUCAUUGCACAACUUUGUACAACCUACAAAUACUCUUGCACAAACAUUAAAUACCAACUUGUCUUAAAUGUAAAUGCCAACUAAAUUCUCUAAUAUUUAAUAUUUUUUCCUCUGCUUUUCAUUGUUAGUAUUAUUAUUAUUAUUAUUAUUAUUACUACCACUGCUAAUUUCUGUUAUUUUCUUCUCAAUAUAACUGCACACUCUCUAUAUGCUCAUGUAAAGCUGAUGAGCACGAGACAAAGAAUUUUAUUAUGGAUAACUGUGGUUACACUGUUUAUCUGUACAUGACAAUAAAACUUGAAAACUUGAAA